ACAUCGAGAACGAGGGUUGAAGAAAUUUGGAGCAUUUGCGGCGGCUAAGAUCAUUUAGUCAAACAUGGCAGAGACUCCUCUCUUUUCUGAUAGACCUAUCAAUGUUUGUGUUACUGGUGCUGCUGGCCAAAUAGCUUAUUCACUUUUGCCCUUAAUUGCUGGUGGAAAAGUAUUCGGACCUCAACAACAGGUGUCGUUACGACUGCUUGAAAUUGAGGCGGCUCUUCCUUCUCUUCAAGGGGUCGUUAUGGAGCUUGAAGAUUGCGCUUUUCCUCUGUUGCACUCCGUUUUUACAACUUCGGACGCUAGAGAAGCGUUCCGUUCCUGUGAUGUUGCUGUAUUACUGGGCGCUUUUCCAAGAAAGCAAGGAAUGGAAAGAAAAGAUUUGCUUGAAAAGAAUGCUGGAAUAUUCAAGGAACAAGGAGAAGCGUUGAAUACUGAAGCUGGUGCUAACGUUCGUGUUAUUGUGGUGGGAAAUCCUGCAAAUACGAACGCAUAUAUUCUGAAACACUUUGCUCCAAACAUUCCCGAUAAAAACAUUACUGCUCUCACGCGUUUGGAUCAGAAUCGCGCUGUUAGUUUGGUAGCCCGGAAACUUGGUGUUCCCUUAUCGAAAGUUUCAGAUGUCUAUGUAUGGGGAAAUCAUUCUAGCACGCAGUAUCCAGAUGUGCUUCAUGGCUCUGUGGAAGGAAAAGGGAAAUUAAGUGAUCUACUUGAUAAGAGUUAUCUUGAAGAGACCUUUAUUCCGACUAUUCAAAAGCGUGGAGCUGCAGUAAUUGCUGCUCGCAAAAUGUCUAGCGCUAUGUCUGCAGCCAAUGCAGUUGGUGACCAUCUUCACGAUUGGCUCUUAGGAAGCGAUCGUAUUGUCUCGAUGUCUGUGGCUAGUGACGGUUCUUAUGGUAUUGAAAAGGGAACUAUAUUUUCUUUUCCAUUGCGUUGCUCGCGAGGAGGUACUUAUGAAAUCGUCAAAGGACUUCAACUCGAUGAUUUUAGUCAGCGUUACAUUAAAAUUACAGCUGACGAACUCUAUGCUGAAAAAGCAGAAGCACUGGCUCUUCUUUCAUAAUUAAAGUAAAAUUGAGAUCAUUUGUUGUGAUAUUUUGG